AGUGGGGACACGAGUGGUCCUUGCCUUCCUGCUCACAGGCCUGGGAGGAGGAGCUGGGCCUGUGGGUGAGGCAGACACGUCUGUAUCCUCCCGUGUCCUCCUGGGCCUCCCUGGGCAGGAGGCCCACCCCCAGGUUCCCAGGGCAGGUCCGCAGGUGGCUAGGCUGGCCUGACAACCAGGCCACAUCCUCACAUCCCAGACACAGGCGGGUGGGGGCCAGGAGGCUGCGUCAGUCCUGGGGGAGGACUGGGAUGCUCAGGGCUGGGAGGACCCAGAGCUGGUUAGGCAGCUGCUGGGGACAAGUGGCUGCUGGAGGACGUUCGCAGAGCAGGGGAGUUUGCCAGAGCGGCUCCCAGGACCUGGCACCAGUAUGCUGGAGAGAGGGCUGCUGCUGCUGGCUCUCGGCCUGGGCCUGGCCAGCACCCAGGGGACUCUGGAAGAGGUGCCAGUGCAGCCCGGCUUUGACGCACAAAAGAUGGAGGGACGCUGGUUCACCAUGCAGCUGGCCACCAGCCACACAGACCUGGUCUUGCCAACUGACCCGCUGAGGCUUGCUCUCCACUCCAUCUGGACCAGAGAGGGUGGGGACCUGGCAUUGGUGCUGUUCUGGAUAGGAGAAGGGGUGUGUAGAGGAAUGAACGUCACCAUCCACCCAGCUGGGCUGCCAGGCCAGUACCAAGGUUCCUUCGCGGGGGGCAGCGUGCAUGUCUGCUUCGUCAGCUCCGACUACAGCAACCUCAUUCUGUACGUACGCUUUGAGGACGUCGAGGUCACCAGCCUAUGGGCACUGCUGGCGAGAAGAAUGCUCGAGGACCCCGCGUGGCUGGGGAAGUACUGGGAGUACGUGGAGAAAUUCCGCCUGCAGAGCGCCCCGGUCUUCAAUGUGCCUGGACAGUGCCCCAGCCCAGGCCCAGGGAAGUCCACUCCCUGAGCCUUCCUGCCUGGGCCUCCAUCCCUCUGCACUGACCCCAGCUCCCCUGCCUUCUGGCCAGGGACUUGCCCAGGAGCCUGAAGCCCCUGCAGUCUGUCCUCUCCCCCCUCCCUGUGGGUCACAGGGCCACCUGCCAACUGACCACAUAGGGACCCAAGCAUCUCCCAGCCCGGCCUGCACCUGAAAGAGACUAGUGGGAGGGGCGUGUGGCCCCACGUCCCCACCUCCGCAGAAACACCUGCAGGAGCAGAUUGCCAAGGUCCUCACGCCGGCCCAGGCUGACAGUGUCACCCCAUGGUGUGUGUCACAAGGCAACCCCAGGAGGUUUAUCUCAGGAGCUCCUGCCCCUGACCUUGCCCCCGUGGGUCUGCUCUGGGCCACUAUGGAGAGUGGCCACGACUUUAACCACACUCCCCCCCUGGGAGCCAACUGGGGCUGCCAGGGAUGCGUGGACUGGGGCACUGAGGCCGGUGGACGCCCGGCUCAGAGCCAAGGGCCCUACAGUGCGUGCCCACCUCUGCUCCAGCUGGGCAGGCUCCGGGGAAACCAGGUCAGAGUCCUUGACACCCACCUAGACAGGCCUGGCAGGUGCCCAGCCCAGAAGACACCUCUGCCAAGCCUACCAGGAGCCCCGCCUGGCCAGCUGUCCCCACGCUCUGCCAGAGUGAAACAAGCAUGACCUAAAACACUGAACCGCCACCAGGAGGGUUUUGCCAGGGGUGACUCAAAAGCUGGUGACACGGUGACAAAAUAGACAGAACAGAGCCGCUUCCCCAUAACCAGCAGCUCUGGAAAUGUGAUAACCCAAGAAGGUGCAGACUUCCUGUGAAAUAAAGAUACCCUUAUUCUGGA